AUGGAGAUUUGGUUUUUGUUACUCAUUUUGGUCUCUCUCACAAUCUCUUUCCUUCUCCAACUCCUCCUCCUCCGUCACCGCCGUAACUCCUCCUCUCAUCCGCUACCUCCGGACCCAAACUUCUUCCCUUUCAUCGGAACCCUCCACUGGCUCAAAGACGGCUUAGGCGGUCUCAGCUCAUACCUCCGCUCCGUCCACCACCGUCUCGGCCCAAUCGUCACCCUCCGCAUCACUUCCCGUCCCGCCAUCUUCAUCGCCGAUCGCUCCCUCGCUCACCAAGCUCUCGUCUUAAACGGCGCCGUUUUCGCCGAUCGUCCACCCGCCGCUCCGAUCAGCAAAAUCGUCUCGAGCAACCAACACAACAUCAGCUCCGGAUCUUACGGAGCCACGUGGCGUCUCCUCCGCCGAAACCUCACCUCCGAGAUUCUUCACCCGUCGCGUAUGAGAUCUUACUCUCACGCUCGUCGCUGGGUUCUCGAGAUUCUCUUUGACCGGUUUCGUAACCAUGGAAGCGAAACACCGAUCGUCCUCGUCGAUCAUCUCCACUACGCCAUGUUCGCGCUUCUCGUUCUCAUGUGUUUCGGAGAUAAGCUUGAUGAGAAACAGAUCAAAAAAGUCGAGUUUGUUCAGAGACGUCAGCUUCUUAGCUUCUCCAGAUUCAAUAUCCUCAAUCUCUUCCCUAAGCUAACCAAAUUGAUUUUCCGGAAGCGAUGGGAAGAGUUUUUCCAGAUGCGGGAAGAGCAACGGAACGUUUUGCUACCGUUGAUUCGCGCUCGGAGAAAGAUCCUCGAAGAGAGGAAGAAGAAGGAACAAGAAGAUAACAACAAAGACUAUGUGCAAUCAUAUGUUGAUACUCUGCUAGAUUUGGAGCUUCCACAUGAGAAGAGAAAGCUAAACGAAGACGAAAUCGUGAGCUUGUGCUCGGAGUUUCUCAACGGCGGGACGGACACAACCGCGACCGCGCUGCAGUGGAUCAUGGCGAAUCUCGUGAAGAAUCAAGAAAUCCAAGAGAAGUUACACGAGGAGAUCGAAAGAGUUAUCGGAGAAGAAGCGAGAGAGAUCGAGGAAGAAGAGGCGCACAAGAUGCCGUAUCUCAAGGCAAUUGUUUUAGAAGGUCUCCGGAGGCAUCCUCCCGGACAUUUCGUCCUCCCGCACAGUGUUACAGAGGACACUGUGCUGGGAGGGUACAAGGUACCGAAGAAAGGUACGGUCAACUUCAUGGUGGCGGAGAUUGGGAGAGAUCCCGCGGUGUGGGAUGAACCAAUGGCGUUUAAGCCGGAGAGAUUCAUCGGAGAGGAAGAAGCGGUGGACAUAACGGGGAGUAGAGGGAUCAAGAUGAUGCCGUUUGGAGCGGGGAGGAGGAUUUGUCCGGGGAUUGGUUUGGCAAUGAUGCAUUUGGAGUACUAUGUGGCGAAUAUGGUGAGAGAGUUUGAGUGGAAAGAGGUGCAAGGUUGUGAAGUUGAUUUGACGGAGAAGCUUGAGUUCACUGUCGUUAUGAAACAUCCGCUUAAGGCUCGUGCGGUGCCUAGGAGAAGUUAA